AUGUCGGUGUCGGAGUUGCCGGUGGUGGUGCCGCGUGUUUUUAAUACAUCGUCGUCUUUGGUUCUUGAUUCACAAACCUUAGCUACUUCCGUCGGUUUAUCUGGUGAUGUCUCUUCUCCUUCUCCAAAUGAUGUUUUUCCCUCCUCUCCUUUUAAUUAUCCUAUUUCAUCUUCCUCGUCUUUCAUUCCUGGUUGUCAUGACGAUCGUUCUUUUUCUCGCAAUCACCAUAAGGAUUAUUGUCCAAUGACCCUUUCUUCAUUUUAUGCCUCACUCUUGGAUAAAGUUUUUAUUCUUCAGCACUUUGUUAGUGAUACCAUGAACAUUGCUUCCGUUCCUUCUUCUUUCCUUGAAUUCCCAAUCCUUUCUUCUUCUGUUUCCUCUCUGACCGCGCAGCUCUCUUCUCUCCUCUUUGAUCUGAAGUUUGCCUUUCACAGCUUGGCUCUUGCCUCUAGUGCCAUGGAUGUUGGAUCUAAUCUGAAUAAUGACCGCAUUUCUCCAUUCACUUUCCAACCGUUUGACUCAAGUUUCCUUUCAUCUGCUGCCGACUUUCUUACCACGAAUUGUGAUAGGAACCAUGAUCAGGAAUGCGAUUCGUCAUCUAUCGCUAAAUCUCUCCUUUGCGUUGCUGCUUGCCUCCAUGCACAAUUGCGGCGCUCUAUUUAUCAGGCCCUUGGUUGUGCUCAAGAAAAAUCCACUCUCGACGAUGAGGUUGAAUUCCUAAUAUCAAGUUGGUUCGAUUUCUUCAGCAGACUCCAGAACCUAUGUCAACGCGCUUCGAGCAAAUUACGGCCCACCCCAAAUGUGCCGAUUGCUGGAUUAACCUGUAUUUGUCAUCUGGCACCUGCUGAGGUGGAUCAGCAGCUGAAUGCCAAAUCCAGUCUGAAGUCGGAACCGUUGUUCCGUACUUCUCCAUUAGCUCCAACUUUCUCGGCCGAAUUUUUAUCUUUACAUGCUACAAAGCCAAAGCUGUUGACAAAGUACUACAGUCAGAGUGAACCUAACCUUGAUCUUUCGACAGAACAGGAUUUACAAAAGCGCCGUGUUAUUCAGUCUUUGGAUGCCUUUUUGCAAUCGUUGUCGACAUACACAGGCCACUAUAAAAAACUUUCUCCAUUCCCCUUGGCCACACUGGCUAAUCAACUCUCCAAGUUGCGAUUGUGGUUAGUUGAUGACACCCGCCAACCUUUCAAUGCUCCCACUGUGAGAAAAGCGUCGUACCCUUCUGUGUCCUUUGAGAUUCCUUCCACAGAAUUGUAUUUACGUAGACUUCUCAACAUUCGUGACACUGAAGUACUCUAUCUUUUGAACAAUCUACCUGGUGGAGAAAAUCUUAUUAAUCGCUCAUCUACAUCCAACUUUUUUCCUUCGAGAGAUUGUACUGAAGCGCAGCUUGAGUUGAUGUCCAAUUGGGAUAUGGUUCAACCGAUAGACCCCUCUUGUCUGCCAGUCUACCGGGUAAAACUUCCUGAGGUCCGUGAACUUCCAGCGGUAACGAAUGGCCAUCAUUAUGGAUCACCUACUGCUGAGGCUCUUCUGUCCUCUCAAAAUGAUUUACCACCACGUCCGUCGACACCAGCCUCGGAGAUAAGCCACAAUUCCCUCAACCUUGAAUCCAGAAGUGAAAUCAAAUCCCUGCUUCGUAGAUGCUGGAAUCUCCUGAAGGAAAUGGUUUCUAUAGUAAAGCGCUCUUCAAGAUCCAAAUUACUGCGAACACGGGCCGAUGAGUUAUUGGAUACUAGUCUUCGUCUGAGUCGUCUCCUUAAUGGAGAUGCUAGUGCCUCGCUGGUAUACGAGGCCGUGGCAGAUACUGCCGCACACGUUGAUUUCAAAAGAAUUCCAGAUUCUCCGAGUCCACCGCGCAGUUGGUCCAAGGCCCCUAUUCAGGAAUUGAUCUGGGCUAUUGAGACACUAGAUGAUAUUGAAGAGCUGCGUUCAUUGGCGCACCUGCUGACUCAACAAUACAAUGCUAUCGGAACUACUUUAGAACAACAACUUAAUGUAAAUCGGAAUCUCCGAGAUCGAUUACGGGAAGCCAAUAACCGUCUGGCUCGCAUCUAUCUCGGCAUUUCACAGGGUAGUCAACGUUUAGCUGUGAUGACAGAGCGUCUCCUUGUGGAGGCUCAGAAGCAGGAUGGCAUUAAUUCCACCUGCGAUGACUUCGUCCCUCUGAAGCCCUAUUCCCAAAGCCUUAUAUCAGAAGAUGAUGUCGAGGCAUGUGCUCAAAGUGGGGCGUCUGAUCCAUCAGCGUUGGCGAAUUUGCCAUCGUCUUCUCAGAAGACUGAACGGCACCGAACGGCAACACUCCUGCGUAAUCUUCGACAUGCUAUGAGGCCUAAGUCUAAAAAAAUACACGGUGUUUUGGUGAAUUCUGCAUCGAAGAAUGAACUGAUGAUCAUAGAAAUCACUUCAGAACUGAAUAUUCCCUGCACUGCUUUUAAAUAUCUGCCUUUUGACUUCUAA